AGGUAAAAUCGACACAGACCAAGAACAUGGAUGAAGCGGAGUUGAAAGUGUUACAAGAAGAGAUUAAAGCUAUGGGGGACGAAAUUAGGUCUUUGAAAACGGAAAAAGCCGAUCCGACGUUGAUUAAAGCAAAAAUAGCUGCGAUGUUAGAAAAGAAGAAACUUCUUGGUGAUGGUCAAGCUGAUCAGGGAAAAUUUGUGCUUAAGACUCCCAAAGGGACGCGGGACUAUGGGCCGAAAUCGAUGGCUGUGAGGGAGUCUGUCCUCAAAGUUGUUGUUGAUGCUUUCAAAAGACAUGGGGCUGAAACCAUCGAUACUCCAGUAUUUGAACUCAGAGAUGUUCUAAUGGGUAAAUAUGGUGAAGAAGGUGGUAAACUUGUCUAUGAUUUACAAGAUCAGGGAGGUGAAUUGCUAUCAUUGCGGUACGACCUCACAGUUCCUUUUGCUAGAUAUCUAGCCAUGAAUAAGAUCUCAAACAUCAAAAGAUACCAUAUAGCCAAAGUCUACCGACGAGACCAGCCUGUCAUGACCAGAGGGCGGUAUCGAGAAUUCUAUCAGUGUGAUUUCGAUAUCGCAGGCCAAUAUGAUCUGAUGAUUCCCGAAGCAGAGUGCUUGAAAAUUGUAGAUGAAGUUCUUUCGAAACUCGAGAUUGGCGAGUUCUUCGUGAAGUUGAAUCACCGUUAUCUCUUGGAAGGCAUGUUCGCAGCUUGUGGAGCUGGCGCUGAUCAGUUCAAAACUGUCUGCUCGUCCAUAGACAAGCUCGAUAAAGUACCUUGGUGUGAGGUCGAAGAGGAGCUAAUCAAAGAAAAGGGUUUGACAAAGGAGAACACGGAGAAGCUGGGUCAAUUCGUCAGAUUAAGAGAGUUCAAUCCAUCCAUGGACAGCCUUGACCUUCUGGAUAAGUUGAUGGAAUUCGAGGAUCUAUCGAAGAAUCCGAAGUUCAAGAAAGGCGUCGACGAACUCAAAUUCGACCCGUCAUUGGCAAGAGGAUUAGAUUACUAUACGGGUGCUAUCUACGAAGCUGUUGUCCCAAAAGCUCUGGAAGGUGUUAGUCUAGAAGCAAAUGGUGAGGAACAGAAAGGAUUGCCUGUUGGUGUAGGAUCAGUUGCUGCGGGAGGAAGAUAUGAUGAGUUGGUAGGCAAUUUCAUCGGCCCAACGGGAUCUAAGGGGAAAGAAAAGCGUCAAGACGUGCCAUGUGUGGGAGUUUCUUUUGGCAUUGAGCGAUUGUUUGCUAUUAUGGAAGCGAAAAUGCAGAUUGAACAAAUGCAAGUGCGUACCACGGAAACACAAGUGUUUAUUGCGUCUGCUCAAAAGAACUUGUUGCAAGAGCGUAUGAAGCUGUGUGGACAACUUUGGAAUGAGGGCUUCAAGGUGGAAAUGGCUUAUAAAGCGAAUCCAAAGUUGUUAACCCAACUGCAAUAUUGCGAGGAUCGACUCAUUCCUUAUGUGUUGAUUGUGGGCGAACGCGAAUUACAAGAAGGCGUCAUCAAGUUGAGAAAUGUGAAAACAAGAGAGGAGCAGGAUGUCCCGCUUGCAAAAUUAGCGGAUAUCCUUCGUUCGCACCUUAAUUCCUUAUGAAAAAACAUUUCUGCUAUCAUCUGGUAACCUGAAAUCUCUCCUGUCGUACGUAGUCAUGUUGUCACUUUUUAUCUUCCAUCUCAUUGUCGCAAUGUUUACCAUAUUGACAGAUUUCUAUUUUUUUUUCUGAAAAUUCUUUGUUGUUAUUAGCUUUGGGUAUGCAAGAGGUGUCCCUGAUUGUUAUUGAUGCUAGGCUGAUCUUUGUUAUUCACUGGUAAUUUAUGGACUUUUUUGUUAUUAAUAAAUUUCUGGCUUUGAUGUGUUCCAU